CUCUCUCCUCCUCAAAACGAAGCUUCACAGGAAAAGCCUUCAACCUAACAUAAAAGGAGCGAAAAAAGGUCAGGAGAAUUGAAACUUGAAAAAGGGGAGGGGUGUGUAAAACUUGUGAGGAUGGGUUCGAGUAACAGCCGUUUGGGUCCUCGACCUUCUCGUCCGCGCGUUAAUCGCUCGAAUCGCAGAUUCUUCUCGUUCAUCUGCGGUGGCUCCACUUCUUACGCUCCAGUUGAGAUGGAAGAUUGUCCAGCUGAAUUAGUGGUGAAUUCUACAAAGGAUCAUAAUCCAAUUAUUACUGAUGAACACCCCAACUCAAUGAAGAAACCUUCUUCAUUUUCCGAUUCAGAAACUGAGUGCUUCAGUUCAAGAGAUGAAAACGGUGCAUCAUCUGAAAGCAGUAAUGGGACCCAUGACGAGACAUCUGUGGAAUAUUGUUCGAGAAGUAUUGCUACAAGCAAGAACAACAAAUUCUUGUCUGGGAGUAAUGAAAUAGUUCCUGAUGGGAUAACUGCUGAAUUUGUUCCUGUUGAAAGAACUAGUGAUGAGGCUAGUACCUCCUUCAAUGGACAGAAAUCGCUAGAUUCAAACUCUGUAAAUGUAGGUGGUUGCUUGAAUGCUUUUAUUGGUGCUGAUGAUACUAAAAAUGAGGGUGGGUCUCAGAUCUUUGAGGAAAGGAUAUGUUCAAGCAGCACAUCUCAUCAUGAACUUGGCGACUCAUGUGCAAAUGCGGCAUCUUGUGUUGGAAAUCAUGCAGAUUCAAUUAUGGGUGUCCAUAGUCCUGAUAUAGAUUCUAUUCCUAGUGCUUUUGAGACACAAGCAACUUCACAAUCACUAGAAGAAGAAUCUGGUCAAGAGACAGUACCUCCAGCUCCUGGAUUUGUUGUGCCAGAUAGGGAAAGAGGCAGAAUAAAUGGAAGUGUAGUACAUGUUGAUGUGGUGAGUAUUUCUUCCAAUAUAUUAUCUAGUAGUACUGGGGAAGUAAGUAACCAUGAAGCAAGAAGGAAUAGUAGAAGAAUGUUUUGGGAUGCUUUUUCAAGACGCACUUCUAGAAGGCAUAGUGAUUCUCCAACCAUAGUUUUCUCAACUGAGGAUGCUGAUGAUCUGGGAACUCAUGACAGAUGGCUCCUUGAUUUCAGUGGUGAUCUCUUUGAGGAUAGCUUUGGAGGUGAUUCAGGAUACCUUGGCAGUAGAAGUCAUGGCACAUAUGAACGGCGUCGGAGUUCGAGAUCGGAGAUCUGGGAAAGACUUCGUGGUGGGUUUGAUGAGAGUAGCCGACGAACUAGUUUUUGUGCAUCUGGACUUCACCCUGAUGGUACCUGCACAUGUGAGAGUUUCUUGAUGACUGAAGAGUCUGGUACUCGUGCAAAUAUUUCACGCAUAGUUAUGCUUGCUGAAGCCUUAUUUGAGGUCUUGGAUGGAAUUCAUCGCCAACCUAUAUCACUUUCGCUAUCAGUCCCAGCUCCAGAAUCUAUUGUUAACUCCUUUCCUCUGAAGAGCCACAAAGGCACAGCUGAGGGUGGAAAUGAUGUGGAACACAGGUGUCACAUUUGCCUGGCCGAGUACGAACAGGGGGAUAAAAUAAGAGUCCUCCCCUGCCGCCAUGAAUAUCAUAUGGCAUGUGUUGAUAAAUGGCUGAAAGAGAUACAUGGGAUUUGCCCACUCUGCCGUGGAGAUGUUUGCGAGGGAGUUGCUCAGGGCACUGUCUCAAACCCAUAAGAGUUACCUCUUCUUUGAGAAGAAACCUUAUGUACAUAUACAUGAAAGUAGAGUAGAAAAGCUUGCUCUUGAGUGCUCUUGAGAUGUUGAAUAUCAUUUCUUUCCUCAAUAAAUAAUAUGUACCCUCUGUAUAUUCAUUUUCCCGCUUGC